AAUGCAUUUCAUUGCAUUUCACUGUACACUGUACUUUUAAAUGCACAUGACAAAUAAACUUGAAACUUGAAACUUGAAACUAUAGGAGGCAAGGACACCUCAUGCUGGAUGCAUAUGCUGCCUUUGAAGGUUAUAUUUGGGGUUUGGUGAAGUUCUUUGAGGUUUUGAUUUCAGUGUGUAACCAGGCUGACUGGAGAGGUGAACAUGUGUUGUGAUGGGUACCCAGGUGAGACUCCUAUCAUCACAGCAGGUAAACCUUGCAGCUCUGUCCACCUGAGUGGUGUUACAGUGGGAGGGAACAUACAGUAACAACAUUGAGAGAAUCCAAUGAGGCUGCAGCAAGAUGAUGCUCUCUCCUCCUCUCUCUCUCUCUCCCUCUCUCUCUCUCUCUCCCAAAGGGCCCUGCCUCCCAGCGGUCCACUACUGGGCCUGGUGCACCAGAUAUUGAAAGUCUGUGUGUGCAUGUGGGGCCGCUUUAAAGAGGUGCGCCGACCAAACGGCUCAGACUUUCUCCGUUGAAGAAUCAUCGAGAUGAAGAGCAGAACCAACCCGGCACCAUGCGCUCCAGGCUCCCACGGACCGCCUGCCUACUGCGACUCGUUGCGCUCUGCAUCCUCCUCUCGCACACUGCAGCUUAUUUUGGGCUGACAGGUCGUGAACCCCUGGUGUUUUUACCAGGUCCUUUUUCCAAUGAACCACCGACAGGUAAAGCCCACCUGAAACAGUGCGAGCAGAUGACUCUGACCAGGCGGCAGAAGCGUCUGUGUCGCAGAGAGCCCGGUCUGGCCGAGACGCUGCGGGAGUCGGUGCGACUCAGCCUGCUGGAGUGUCGCUAUCAGUUCAGGAACGAGCGCUGGAACUGCAGCCUGGACGGCCGAGGAAGCCUCCUGAAAAGAGCAUUCAAGGAGACUGCCUUCCUACUGGCGGUGUCCUCUGCGGCGUUGACCCAUGCACUCGCCAAAGCCUGCAGCUCGGGCCGAAUGGAGAGGUGCACGUGCGACGACUCCCCCGGCAUCCAGCACCGAGAAGCGUGGCAGUGGGGGAUCUGCGGUGACAACCUGAAAUAUAGCACCAAGUUCCUCAAGAAGUUCCUCGGCCAAAAGAAGGUCAGCAAGGACCUGAGGGCUCAAGUCGACGCUCACAACAUCAACGUUGGAAUUCGGGCGGUGAAGAGCGGCCUGAAAACAACCUGCAAGUGUCACGGCGUCUCCGGCUCUUGUGCCGUACGGACUUGCUGGAAGCAGCUGUCUCCUUUCCACGACACUGGGCGGCUGCUGAAGUACAGGCAUGACACCGCAGUGCGAGUGCUGAGCGUCACCAACGCGGCCACCGGGGAGACGGAGCUCGCCGGGCCCCGUCGCCACAGCCAGAGCCUCCGCACUACUGACCUGGUCUACCUGGAAGAGUCCCCCAGCUUCUGCAGGCCCUCACGCUACUCCCCUGGCACGGGUGGCCGAUCGUGCGCCAAAGACACCAGCUGUCAGAGUCUGUGCUGCGGGCGCGGUUACAACACGGCCAUGCGCCUCACCAGCAUGUCCUGCCACUGCCAGGUACGCUGGUGCUGCCACGUGGAGUGUCAGACAUGUGUGAGGGAGGAGGAGGUGUAUACCUGCAAAGACGCAUGACAAAUGAUGACAUAGAAGAAAUAAAGACUUGAUCCAUUGGAAAAAAAAUGUGGGAGAGACACAGUUCAUCAUAUUGACUCCUAUAGACAAUUCACUGAGGGAUCUCCAGUCUGACCUGCAUGUUAUUUGGGGAGGAACACACACUUGUAAUAUUAUAAUAUUGCUGUUUUGUUUUUUGCUAAUCAUCACCGAUUUGAUACGCUUAGGUGAGGAUGUUUUCAAACUGCUUUUCUCUCGCUGGAUGCACUGAACUCCUCUGGGACGGAGGGAAAUGAGCUCUUAACACAGGUACCGGACUUGACUGGACUGGACUGGACGUCACCAGCGGUGUGACGUCAAACCCCGUCUGCAGGGGAGCUCUGGCAGUGACUUUGUUGUAUUGUAAUUGCAUUGGCCCCCUUCCACUUGACUAUUUAUUGUAUCAGUCAUUGUGUCUGUUGUACUGCUGCUUUAUACUUUAACCUUCUUGUAAUUGCCACUGAGGCUAAAAUGGCCUUAAAAGGAAUCCAGCUGUCUGUCUUUCUGUCUGCUGUGGAGAAACUUUAGGAGUUCAUUUCUGAUUAAAAAGCACUUAAGUUGCUCUUACAUAUGAUAUUAAAAGUAAUCAUAGACAUUAGAAAAAGGUCUAAAUAUAUGUUUAAACAGAAUCACUGGAAGCUUCGAGGGGUGCCACUGAUAUACAUUGUAUUAUUGUGUAAAGACACAAGCUGGGUUUCAGUUGCUCUUAUGGAAAUGUCUAUGGAAAUGUCUACAUGUAGCCUAAUGUGUGCUCAACAGAACAAAGGGAAAUACCCGGGGUAAUAGAGAGGGAAACACCAAACAGUCUUUGAAAAACACAUCAAAAAAAGAAUUUCUGAACAUACCAGCCCUCCUCUUGUAUUUCUUCUAUUUAUAGAAGCACGCACUAUGCUAUACUUUCAAGUUUAAAAUUGCCUGACUGAACUAUUUGGUCUAAUUUAGCCACAUCUUUGUUCUAAAUGCCUUUGAAGAGGGCUAAUUGUGCUCUUUAGUUUCCCCAAAUUGCUAAUCAAAGAAAAUCCCCAUGUUUACUCACUUAUCCAAGACAACUCUCACGUGUCCAUGUGUGCAGGUCAAAAGUGCACCCAUGUUACUGGCCAGUUUGUGUUUUGUUUGAGUGAUUCUGAACUGUAUAUAUGAUAUGAAUAUAUAACUCAUGUCAGGGCUCCAGGCGUAUGACAAUGUGGAAUCGUAAUUUUCUACCUCACUCCAUCUUUUGGCAAAUAUCAGUAAGAUUUAUGAGCUAUGCAGUCCUGUCCUUGUUUUAAAGAUCAUAUUUUAGAUUUUUGUACAGUUUCUUUUGAAUUUGGUAAUACAUAUCUCCAGAUUUGUUUUUUUUGGUUAAUCUUGUUGCAUUGCAUUCUUAUUUAAAAUAAAUAAGAUUAAUAAAUGGACAUGCAUUUGUAAGAACGAUGUGUUUGUUGUGUCUCGUUCAGUUGCCGCAGGCGGUCAACCGUGCACACACACUUCACACGCAACAGCAAUACACCUGCCUGAAACUCUGCGACCUGCAUCUAGGGAGCCAAACCACUUCCUGCUGAUACCGCCCUGCCCUCCUUUUCAUCUGAAAGGCCUGUGGUCUCGCUGCAUCACCCUCAACCGCCUAGUAAAAGGCGAGGGCACGCAUACAGGUGUUGUGCCUCCAGCCAGCACACCAACCGUGAUGACAAUCAUAAUGACGAUGAUGACAAAGAUGGUGACUCAGGAGAGUGCUGUCUUAUGGAGCGUUUGACCGCCGAUUCACCGUUAGAAAGUAACAUUGAGAGCAGUUUACGCGCUAUUAUCCGUGAAUCAUAACUUUCCACUCAUUUGCAGAGCAUCAGUGAACCUCCAGCACACAGAGGGCUAUUGUAUGAGGCAUUUAUAAUGUGUGCUCCGGUGCUUUUGAUGUUGCUCUCUAAUUACUAUGAUUACACAUUAUUAUUCCUUAUUAGAACAUCAACAAGAGAACCCAAUUUCAAAAGUUUUUCUCAUAGGUUCAAUGACCUUAAAAAUCUCUAUAAUGGAUGUACAGUUUAUUAUGUUGUUGGAGCAAAUGAUCUCACAGUGUGAUGAGUAUACUGCAUGCCUUGAGGCAAAAAUCUGCCAAUUUUAUGUAACAAAAAAACAUGAUAAAACUAUGAGAUGAGCCAAAUGUCACUCAAGUUCAGCCAUAUGACAAUAAGUAAGGCUUUCCUCAUGUAAAAGAGAAUUAUCAUCAAUUUUUCUUCAUGUAUCUCAAAAUCAAACAUUGUCAAUUAUGUAUAGAUAAAAUCCUUUGAAAGUUACUUUUUUAAC